AUGUCGAUGAGUUUCGAACUUCAAUCUAGCCUACAUGAACGGUCUGUAGAUAGAAGCUUGCAAAAUAUUGACGAUGGGUCGAAAGAAGAACAGCUUCCUCCUGGUCACGGCAAUUUCAUCGGUCCAUUUGGAGUUUUGAGCUUGUCGCAAAGCACAAAUCCACCUAUUGCGGGUACUAGCCCAAAAAGAACCAAUUAUGUACCAGCACAAGGAAGUCACCUACUCGAAGCUACCAUUUUGAGGCCUCUCCCCUCGAGAAUUCCAGACCUGAACAGUGACUUGCACAACAUCGAACCGUCUUUGAACUGGCCCGAUCUAUUUGAUAUCAGCCUUUCGUGGGCGGACUUGAACUUCGAUACCUUCCGCGAUCAAUCGCUUGAUGCCUUAGUCAUGAGGGAUGAUUUAGAAAACAGUUACAAAACACUGCGAGUGGCUGAUCUUGCCGAUUCCUUUUCCUCAGAGUUUACGUUGGGAAAUGUGGAAAUAUCAGAAGCUCAAAUGCUGCUUAGGCGAUACAAAGACACCAUAGUCGCACAGUUGUUCUCACUCCCCCUUUAUAAAAUGUCACCCUGGGAAGAGAUAAACGUCGAUACAGCUGUGUUGAUAAUGGGUAGGAUCUCAUAUAUGGGCGUUGAGCGUGUCUCAAAUGCGGCAAUAGCAAAUUUAUUGGCCUUGAUUGCCAUUUCUGCUGCGGACAUGGCUGCUGAAAUGCGGAAGUCAGGCACAGAGGGAUCUGAGCACUGGGAAAACAUCAGUGCUGCGAGCUAUGCUAGGGGGAAGGCGCAUCUACAGAAGUCCCUUGAUGAGACUCAGAACAUGCCACCCCCAAAAUAUAAAGAGCAAAUGAUGGCCAUAUCUGCAAUGCUGUCAUUCUCGAAGAGGCAAGGGCAUAUCUCAUCAACUCCGAACGUCUCUUGCGUCUCCGUGGUUUACGGAGGCGGAGCGGAAAUGGUCAUCAUCGAGCUCCUGACCCCAAAGACUAGUCCAGCCGAGGGGCCAAGAGACUUGCCAGGAUCUUCUCACUCUUCAUCCAACCCAAAGGUUCAGCUUGAUGAUUUUCUUCGGUUGGAUGAUGAGUUGGUUGACUCCGAGAUUGAAGAUGGAAAGAACAAUGGCGGUGUUCUCAACGCCAUGCAUAUCGAGAACUCGGGUGAAAGCACCAGAGCAAUGUACCAUCAGCUCUAUGGUUUCUCAGAGACAUGGCUUAGUCUUGUCUCAAAGACGACACGUCUUGCUGAUAUCCUGGACAAACUCAAGCUGAGGUCGUCCCCUCAAAAGUCGAGAAUCCUGCAGCCCCUUGAAAGCUAUAAGCCGCACCUUGAGGAACUGAUCUGGGAGAGAGUAAAAAAGAUGAAUCUCCUCAAUACUCCCCAGACUGCAUACCAAUACUCAAGGCUCAUCGGCAACAGGGCUCUCUCAAAAGCGCACCCGGGAACCCCACUUCAUACGUGGUUCAUGCGCUGA